AUGAGUGCUCUGACUAACGCCCAAGAUAUUCACUUACUCACUGAGGGUCUAUCUGUCUGCGGUGAUGAGUCCGGUGACUACUAUACCGUCAUCUACACUCGAGGUCAGCUGGAUCGUGAUGGGGUGUUUGGACAGGGGCAGAUCGAAAGUAUCCCCCUCCGGCACAAAUGUAUCUACGAAACACCUGUCGUCGACGGUGAGAUCAACUUUAUGACAUCCGGAAACCUGAUCUGGAAACAAGCUCUCGAAAAACAUCGACUGCUACAUCAACUUCAUGUUUAUGAUAGAUAUCCCAAUCCCGAUCUUGUUGCGUCAAUGCGAGCCCUCUGGAGUCGACACAACAACGGAAAUCUGGAUCUCGGAGCAUUUCGCCGUGAGGCUGGAAAUCUUCUUGUCCUCACCGGUAAUCUCAUGGACGAUAUUCCAUUCUCUACCGAGGCGUAUGGCGGAACUAACGGUCCUAACCGUAAUGCACAUACUAAGAAACUACACCCAAACGACGAUCAUCUCGCGUGCCAACGCAGAGGCCAUAUCAUGAUCCUAACUUCUCCCUGGGCAUCAGAGGACGAAGAACUUGAGGAAAUGAGAGAACAUGAGUUUUAUAUCUCUCAAGUCUCUCACAACAUGAAUGCUGAUAUGCACAUCGCAUUCCAUCACGUCUUGUUUCGCAGACGAGAAGCGGAUCGCCUAGCUCUUCUUCAGCUGGACUGGUCUUUGAUGACUGGCCUCCAGAGCCUUUGUCUUGAUCUUUCAGGACCCUGGACCGAUGGUCCCAACGAGGCACUCAAGUCCUUUUGUGUUCAGAUGGGAAUGCAUCUGAAGCUCAAGACACUCGUUGUUCUUGGCCUUCCGGUGCGACAGGAAUACUGUAAGUUGGGCAAGGACUUCUGGGCUAAAACCCUCGAGAACCAAGAGUAUGUUCCAAGCACGGUCGUCAAAAGCCAUUCCGAAGACAGUGACGAAAGUGACGAUGAUCCUGAUGAAGAACUUGUCGGAUUCCCAACAUAUAUCUAUUGGUUGAAGGAGUGUCUCCAGCCCGGCGGCCAGAUACAUUUUGUGACGCAGUAUGCAUAG